AUGAUAUUUCUUGCUCUCGUAAUUUCAGUAAUCACUGCUUGCGAGUUUUCAUGUCAUUCAAAAUGCUCAACGGUUGAUUGUAUUCACAAAUGUGGAUGCAAUGAGACUUUUAAGUUUACUUAUCAGUCUGCUGAGUAUAUAUUUAAGCCUUAUGCCACAGGAGAAAUCGAAUUUAUUGAGAAAGAUAUAGGUUGCAACUUAAGCCAAGCGGAAUUUUGUAAGCAAAGUUUGCAAAACGAAGAGAUAUAUAGCUGCAUAGUUUCAGCAGGGUGCGAGCAAAUGCUGAUUUCAGAAGUAAAAAUCCUGAAUAUGGAUGAUACUGAAUGCAUUGACACAUGCACAAAUAGUUGCAAAGGACAAUUAAAAGACAAAUUGGAUCAAUGCUUGGAGCUCUGCUUAAAAAGUAGUUGUGCAGGGCUCUCUAGUGAUGAGGCUGGAACAGUAAGUGGGCUGAUGAAUUUUGGAACAACAAUAUCACUCAACCCUCUUUCCUUAAUGAUCGAGCAAAAUUUUGUUCACCUCUGUAGGGGUUAAAAUUUAUUUUUUACGAUUAUCUAAAUAAUAAUCGAUUCAAAAAAUCCCUAACUUACAUAAAAAGUGUCUUUUAAAAAAUUUAUUUUCUAAAAUGCAAGUGUUUAAUCUAAUAAAAUUAUUUAUACCUUAAAUAAAAACAAUUUUGGCAGGGGACUAAUUCCUAAAAGUAUAGUUUGCUUACCACAGAGAAAGAAUUAGUGGUGCUAUAUUAAUCAGUAUAUUUGGAUUGGUAUUUUAUUGCCAAGCUGCAAGGAAAAAUUCAAGAUAUGAAGAACAAGAAAUGUACCAUCGAUUGAUAUAA